UGACUCUCUCUAGUAAAUCAGAGAACAGAGAAGAAGAACCUCACACUUCCAACAGUCUGUGGUCGCCGCACAAGUUAAAAAGAUCAGAUUUUGGGUUUUGGUAUUUGCAAAAGCGAAGUAUCAAUCAAAUGGCUACUGCUAGAGUAUUAGCUGCUGGUAUGUUGCAUGAAUGCAGCAACACUCACAGUGCUUCAUUUCUUCUGAGACAAUCUUCUUUCAUCUUACCUAUUAAACAUCAAAGUAUCAAUUUCAGUAGAAGAGCAUCUUCUAAAAGAGCUUUUACUUGCAAAUCUCUUUACAAACCUGAAAUUCAAAUCAAACAAGAAGGUGAACCUCAAACCCUAGAUUACAGAGUCUUCUUUCAUGAUAAAUCUGGCAAAAAGCUUUCACCUUGGCAUGAUGUACCAUUGCAAUUGGGUGAUGGAGUGUUCAAUUUUAUUGUGGAAAUACCAAAAGAGACCAGUGCAAAGAUGGAAGUUGCAACUGAUGAGCCAUAUACUCCCAUUAAACAGGACACCAAGAAGGGAAAACUUAGAUUCUACCCAUACAACAUCAAUUGGAACUAUGGAUUGCUCCCACAGACAUGGGAAGACCCAACAGUAGCUAAUUCUGAAGUUGAAGGGGCAUUCGGAGAUAAUGAUCCAGUUGAUGUUGUUGAAAUUGGGGAGAGGCAAGGAAAAAUUGGCGAGAUUCUUAAAGUCAAGCCUUUAGGUGCUUUGGCUAUGAUUGAUGAGGGAGAGCUCGACUGGAAAAUUGUUGCCAUUUCGUUGGAUGACCCAAAAGCUUCACUCGUCAAUGAUGUUGGUGAUGUGGAGAAACAUUUCCCGGGCACUCUCACUGCUAUAAGAGAUUGGUUCAGAGACUACAAGAUCCCAGAUGGAAAGCCUGCCAAUAAGUUUGGACUUGGGAACAAAGCAGCCAACAAGGAUUAUGCUCUGAAGGUCAUAACUGAGACCAACGAAGCUUGGGCUAAACUUGUCAAGAGAACCGUUCCUGCCGGGGAGCUGUCCCUUCUGUAAAUUUUGAAUUUUUAAAAGUUGAAGAUAAGAGGCACCUUGGCCCGCUCCCAUCCCCCUUCCUCUCUCUCUAUUAUUUUCUUUCAUGCAGGAUUCAAACUUCCUCCAAUUUUUUGGAGGAAGGAUUGAUAAUUUCUAAUUACCGAGCUUCAAUUUUCAAAAAUAUGGUAGUGUCGAAUAUCUGUUGCAGCUUUCUGUA